AUGCCCUCAUUCCCAGAGGCCAGUAAGACAUGUUAUUUUUACUGCCAAGAAGACGACAUUGAACACAGAAACCAUCUUGAUAUCCUUAAAGGUAUACUCCUACAGAUGGUAGAGGCCGAAGAUUAUAUAAUCCCCUUUUGCUACCAGGAAAAGGUCACAAGUGGAGGCUCCAACCUCAUAGAUGCAAAGCUGGCUCAAAAGCUCAUCAAGACUUUUGUCGAGUUCUCUGUAAGACACUAUAUUUUGAUAGACGGAUUGGACGAAUGUGAAGGAGCCGAGAUCCAACAGACUGCACAGUUCUUCAAGGAUCUGGUGUCGACAUACGAUACGCAAAUCAGACUGGGGCAUCUGAGAGUCCUUUUCAUCGGUCGAGAAACAUCUGACACCAAAAAGCAUAUACCUGGAGACGAUUGCAUCAGCAUAGCACUCAGGCCCGAGGACAACCAUGACGAUAUAAGAGCUUUUGUGCAGAAGAAACUUCCAGACUUUUCAAAAUCAAGUCACGGCAUUGGUUUCAGCCUAUCUGAAGCUGACAAAGCAGACGUCGAAAGGAUCAUUUGCCAUCAAAGCCAAGACUCCUUCCUCUACGCACACCUGGCAAUUGAAUUUCUACUCCAGCAAGAUACCAAAGGUGACUUGCUAACCCUACUUAGACAAGGGAUACUACCAACGAAGCUUGGAGACAUGUACGAAAGAUUGCUCGACUCUGUCAAGAAGAGUCUUGUGGCACAGCCAGGAGGUUCUGUGAGGUGGGAGAGAUCGAAACUACUAUUUGGGUGGCUCAUUUGUGCCAAAAGACCACUCAGAUGGCAUGAGAUGCAAGCAAUCUUAUGCUUUGACCCUAUUCAACUCAAAAUAGACUUUGAGAAUGACAUGCUACGACAAGAUAUGGAGAAAUAUCUUGGCUCCAUCGUGCAUGUCCUUGACGGAGGCCAUAUUCGACUCAUCCACUCGACUGCGCGCAGAUACAUCAUAGAGAACAAACAUAUCAGUGAGAAGCAGGUCCAGUGCCAGUUAACUACUAUAUGUCUCAGAUACUUGACCCUCCCAUGCUUCACCUGGGACGACAACUACCUAUCGCACCAAAGAAGCCAAGAUGCCAAACUGGGUUGGUUCUCUUUCCAGGACUAUGCGUGCUCUCAGUGGCUUUAUCAUGUCGACACUUUGAUCAGAGAAUGUAGUGAAAUCUUUGCAGCCGAGAACUCUUCAGACGUUGCAGCGGACUUUGCUUACGCUUUGAAACAUUUCGUUAAUACUCAUCGUGUAGAUUUGACCACCACUAAGCAUUUUGAGUUGGUUGAAACCCACAUAGAGACGUUCAUGGACUUGGAACUCUACGAAGACCUUCAUUGGCUGUGGAACCACAUAUACACUCACCAGCGAGGUGAUUACACAACAAAAAACACCGUUGGAGUUAAGCAAAUCGAGAACGGACUCAAGGAUAAUAGGACAGAACUGGAACGGUUCCCCUCAAGCCAAAGAUCCGGUGACGAGGAUACCAUCGAGGACUAUUAUGGUUCGAAUCUCUUCAAGUGCAAUCGUACACUGUGUCGGUUUUUCUACGUCGGCUAUGACAAGAAGAGCGCCCGAGAUGAUCACGGGAGGCGACACGAGAGACCUUUUCAUUGCCCUAUGUCCUGCAACGCGGCUCCUCUUGGCUUCAUGAGUAACAAGGAUAGGGAUCGACAUAUCAAUAUUUACCAUCCAGAACUAAGCGAAGGACCCCCCAUAUUUGAGACUUUAAGCCGCCGGCAGGCCUCUGGGGGAUUCGUUUGCAAGAUCUGCAACAAGACCUUCACGAGAAACAUCAAUCUCAAAAGCCAUGAACGGAGUCACUUUGGGGACAGGCCUUUCGCCUGUGCGACUUGCGGAAAGGCUUUUGCUAGGGUGAAUGAUUGCCGAAGGCAUGAGAAGAUACACGCAAGGAGAGGAUAUUGA